AAGGAGUCGCUUCGCUGAGUGAAGAGGUGAAGUUGCAUCAGCUGCGAAGCUGAGCGUCCGGUUGUGUUUUUUGGCAUGGAAAUAUUCGGCUAAAUAGCAACACGAGCGGUGAGAUUGUGGAUAUUUUUGCGAGUUGAGACAUCAAGGAGAGAAAAGAAGUUGAAUGACUGGCAAUUUGCCGUGUUAUGGCAAGACUUCUCAGCACUGGUAGACUAGCGGCAAAGAUCACGCAACGACUGAGUGACUUCACAAGGCAGAGGAAGUGUGGGGAAUUGCUGGCAAGGAAUCAGGAUGGCCACGAGUGGAGAGCACACAAAUCGGCUGAUUAAUGAGAAGUCGCCGUAUUUGCUGCAGCACGCGCACAAUCCCGUGGAUUGGUAUCCGUUUGGCCAGGAGGCCAUCGAGAGGGCCAAGCGGGAGAACAAGCUCAUCUUCCUGUCCGUGGGCUACUCCACGUGCCACUGGUGUCACGUGAUGGAGAAGGAGUCCUUCGAGGAUGAGACAAUCGCGAAGGUGAUGAAUGACAACUUCGUGAACGUGAAGGUUGAUCGGGAAGAGCGUCCGGACGUGGACAGAAUCUACAUGAGCUUCAUCCAGAUGACCAGCGGAGGCGGAGGCUGGCCAAUGUCCGUGUGGAUCACGCCUGAGUUGCGUCCCAUCAUGGCCGGAACGUACUUUCCGCCCGUCGAUCGCUGGGGUCAGCCGGGCUUCCGGACGAUUCUGCAGCGGAUGGCGGACAAGUGGCGCCGAGACUCGGGCGAGCUGGAGGGAUUCAGUUCGUCCGUUGUCGCGGCAAUGCAGGAGAGCCUGAAGAUGGCUGAGAACACGUCGGAUGACUUGGCGAUUGAGGAGAAAUUCAAGGAGUGCACGAAAAUCUACAAAGGUCGCUUUGACGGCGUCUGGGGAGGAUUUGGCCAUUCGCCAAAGUUUCCCGAAGUCUCUCGUCUCAAUUUCCUCCUCCACGCUUUUCUGCACGCGAAGAUCUUCCUCGGCAAGACGGACGAGGACAUCUUCCAUUCCGUCUCGUACACGCUGGAGAAAAUCUGCCACGGAGGCAUUCACGAUCACGUCUUUGGCGGCUUCUCGCGCUACUCCGUGGAUCAGAAGUGGCACGUGCCGCACUUCGAGAAGAUGCUCUACGAUCAGGCGCAACUCAUGACGAUUCUCUGCAAUAGUUAUCGCAUGAGGCCGCGGAAGCUCUUCCUGGACGUCGUGGACAGAGUGUUUGAGUACAUGUGCAGUGAUUUGAGGGAGUCUCGAGGGGCAUUCUUCAGUGGUGAGGAUGCUGACUCCUUUCCCACUCAUGCGUCGCCGGAGAAGAUCGAGGGCGCUUUCUAUGCGUGGUUGCAGAGUGAAAUUGAGGAGGCUUUCGAGGAGAAUGCAGGGAAACUUGCUGAAUUCUCCUUCAACGCCCUGGAAGUCUUCUUGCAUCACUACUCGGCGAAGGAAGAGGGCAAUGUGGAUCACAGGAGUGAUCCUCAUGGACAUCUUCAGUCGAAAAACAUCCUCAUGAUCACAGGAUCUGUGCAGAAGACGGCGGAACACUUCAAAAUAUCCGUUGAGGAGCUCCAGAAGAUGCUCAGCAUCGCCAAUGAGUUUCUCCACGGGAUUCGCAACAAGCGUCCGCGGCCACAUCUGGACGUGAAGAUGGUGUGUUCAUGGAAUGGGCUGGUUUUGACGGGAUUGUCGAAGCUGGCGUCGCUCAAGGAGUCUUCAGUGCAGGAAGAUUGUGGCAAAGUGGCCGGAGAACUGUUCAAAUUCAUCCAGGAGAACUUCUUUGACCACGAAGCGGGGAAGCUGAAGAGAGUUUGUUACUCACCAAGUGAGCAGAGCACCUCUAAUGCUCCCAUUUAUGGCUUCUUGGAUGAUUAUGCCUUUAUGAUCAGAGGUCUUCUGGACUACUAUGAAUUCUCCCUGAGAGAAGAUGUUCUGCUCUUCGCCAAAGACUUGCAGGACAUCCAGGAUAAAUUGUUCUGGGACGCCGAGAAGGGCGGAUAUUUCUACACGGAGGCCAAUUCGGACAAUUUGAUUGUGCGGAUGAAGGAAGACUACGAUGGCGCUGAACCCUCGGGCAAUAGCAUGAGCGUGAAGAAUCUCCUCCUGCUUGGCGGGUAUUUUGAUAGCAGUGAUUAUCGCGAUAAGGCCAAGAACACUCUCAAGCACUUCAGUGCAAUGAGUCACUUUGGAUACGCGCUGCCGGAAAUGAUGUCUUCGGCUCUGAUUCACGACACUGGCGUGAAUGAGAUCGUCAUUGUGGGUCCUGACAAUGAGGCCAGCAUGGAAUUUGUCAAGGUGAUCAGAGAAUUCUAUAUUCCCGGACUGACGAUCUUCCGUGUGAACACGGACAGUGCGAAGGAGUUUGCGAAGAUCAAGAAGGACACACACAAGAUGCUCAAUAAUUUGCCCACAGUGCACAUUUGCUUCAAUCAGACUUGUUUGCCGCCUGAGACGAGUGUUGACAAUGUCAGGCGAAUCUUGGCGGAAAAGUACACAAGUCGCAAUUGAGGCAAUUUCGCCGAAAUCCCCUUUCUUUUCCACCCUUCGAAAGGUUAGAGUUGAGAGAGAGUAAAUUGUUUUAUGUUUUCGCAUGUGCGAUUUUGCAAAAAGGGAUUUUUUCUCAAAAAUAUUUAUGUGUAAAUAAUGCAUUUUCCCAACUAUAUUGCGCCCUCAUAAAUAAAUGAAUCCCUCAAAAUAUGUGUCCUUUUUCCUCUGCCUCAGAGACCUCAAUAAAAGGAAUAAUUACGAAACGACCAUGACCAUUGCGGAAAGAUGGGUGAAAGAGAAGAAGAGUGAAACGGCAGCGAAACGACUCAAUAAGGCGUCGAAAGUGUUGAGCUUUGCAAAGGUCCAACUAUAUGCAAUGGACGGGAAGGAUUUCAGGAAAACACAUGUAUUUGUUUAACAGAUAAAUAUGGAAAUACAAAAGGAAGAUAAAUAAAUGGCAUUUGAUAUGA